AUGAAUCUUAUUGUUGUGCUCCUUACAUUAUUGUGCAAUACAUAUGAUGCUUCUCGUCGCAUGUAUGAAACACGAACUGUUACCACCGCUGGUGCUUUCGAUUGCAUUCACGAUGUAGUUGCGAGGGUAUUAAAUGAUCAUUUGUUCGAGUCGAAUGUGCGAUUUCACACAGUACGCUUUUGUCGACNNNNACAAGCAUCAUCUAUUAAUCUUUCUUUUACUUCGAUGAAUACGAAUUUUAUGUCGAAACUGGCAGCAAACGGUAUCAUAGUACAAAUUGCUAAACACAAACAUUUAUUAGUGGCUCCAAUUCUUUUAGCUAUAUUUGCUAUACCUCGAUUAGUAUUUGCUUUUAUAUUCGUAUGUAGUAAACUUGAUCGAUUUCCAUUUCUUACUUUACCAAGUUAUCUGAUUGGUUUUUUACCGUCAAUGUCUCUACCUUUUGCAUUUAUCCUACCAUCUGAUGUGUAUCGACACGCUUGUCUUACUUUUAUGAUGUUAUUCAUACCUGGAUGUGUUCGAGAUCGAUUUUUUCAAUUUCAGCAGAGAUCUUAA